AUGGUUCUAAACAUAAAACGAGCUUCAUCUCUAGAGGAAACUUCUGUGGAAAUUCAUGAUGAUAUUUUGAAACCUUUUGUGCAUCAGGUAACUUAUUAAAUUUCGAAUUUGAAUUAGGAACUAAUGCAUUCAGGUUGGUGGACAUACACCUUUUACCUCGCUUCCGAAUGGACAUUUAUUGAAACCUUGUGAUGUGAGAGAAUUGCAUUUUUAUCAACAAAUGCCUGAUCAUUUAAAAUGGAUUGCUCCAUUGUGUUGCACAACAAUACAAGUAAGUGUUUUGGAAAAUAUCACUACGAUUUGCCACGUUAUACUUUACCGCUGCACGGAAUUUUCGCUCACAAAAAAUUCUAAUUUUAGAGUGGAUCAGUAAAUAUUCUGCCUCAUAGUUGUAUUCACUGCAAAACACGCCAACUUGAAAAUGUUAUAAUACCAGAAAGCAUCGAAGGUUCGCCCAUUUUGAACAAACGAAAAUUAUCAAAGUGAGUUUCUAUAUUUCUUCUACAUAUAUUUAAAAUCUAUAUUUUAGAUUCUUCAUAGUUUUAUCGGAUUUAACUUAUCGAAUGAGAAGUCCUCGAGUUUUGGAUUUGAAAUUAGGAACUCGACAACAUGGAGAUCAAGCAUCUUUGGAAAAAGCGGCUUGUAUGACAGCGAAAUGUCGAUCUACCACAUCAGCAACAUUAGGAAUAAGAUUAUGUGGAAUGAAAUAUCAGUGUCCGAACACUCAACAACAAAUUGUAUAUGGAAAAUAUGAAGGUAUUUGAAUAUUUCUAAACUAAAUAUAGCCUAUCAAACCAAUUUACUCAUUUUACAGGAAGAUCUAUGAGUGAAUUGACACUUUAUGAAAAUAUCAUUCAAUUUUGUUCAAUUAACUCUGAGAUUUUGGAAAUUGUCAAGAGAAAACUUGAAGCAAUCCAUUCAAUAAUCAAAAAAUCAUAUGGUCUUCGAUUAUUUGGAGCAAGUCUUCUGAUUGUUUUAGAAGGAGAUCCAAUCUCUUCUCAAACAAUCGAUGAAUUAGUUCAAAUCAAAAUAGUUGAUUAUGCAAACUCAACUUUCAAUGGUUUUUUGACUGAUAAUUUCUACGAAGGACCAGAUGAUGGAUCACUUUUAGGAAUCGAAACUAUUCUCCGGUUUUUAGAUUAA